AUGACGGUUGUAAUUAAUGACUACAACUACUGCUGUCCCAUCGGAACAGACGUGAGGAGGGAGGCGACAAACCCAAAUCAAGAAGAAAACCUCGGUUAUUCUUCCAUCUCUUCUCCAAACACCACCCCAAAAGCCACCAACCCAACGACCAUAAGUGCAGACCACCGGCCGAAAUACCAAUUCUCUUCAGUUGUAAAUAACAACUCGGAGUACUUUCCGACUCCCUCCGAGUUCACAGGCGGGGCCUACACUUCCUAUUCCUCCGACGGGGUCAUCGGCUACGAACAGGAUCCCCGAGUGAAUGUUUACUCAAACAUUAUUCGACCUCAAACAACGACCUCGUACUGGGGCGAGGGUGACCCCUACCAAGGCGGCUAUCAUUUGCAACACGCCGUCGACGCUGCACCACCCUACCAUCUUGCUACAAAUGCAAUCUACCCCUACGCUUCAAACUACCAGGGCGGCUGGCCCAAUCCAGCUUGUCACUAUGGCAGACCAACGGGGACAGCGCAGCCAUCCAGAGUGGUUGGGGUGAAUAACACGAUGUUUUAUGCCGCACGGGCUCGUCGCAUGCGGACCCACGGGGGCCUAAUGAGAGCAGAGGCAGGAGGUGAGGGUGGAGGGGACAGAGACAAGACACGUGGGUCGCCUUCCCCAACAAACUCUUCGAGGGUUUCUCAAGGGUCACCGACGGUACAGUGGAGACCACAAGUUAACUGGCUUUGUUUGUGCAAACACAUGACCCAAUUGUUCACCAGUUUUUCGACCAACAUCAAAGCGAGUUUGGGUUUUUUUCUAGGGUCUGGACAAAUCCAAUUGUGGCAGUUUUUGUUGGAGCUGUUGGCAGACAGCCGGAAUUUGGCGUGCAUCACGUGGGAGGGCACGAACGGCGAAUUCAAGCUGGUCAACCCCGACGACGUGGCGAGGCGCUGGGGCGAACGCAAGUCCAAGCCGAACAUGAACUAUGACAAACUGAGUCGCGCCCUGCGUUACUACUACGAUAAAAACAUAAUGAGCAAGGUUCAUGGAAAGCGAUACGCCUACAAGUUCGACUUCACUGGCUUGGCUCAGGCGAUGCAACCCUCCGCUUGCGAUCCUUCAGCGGCCUCCACUGCAUCGAUGGGUCUAUCGAGCCUCGGCGGGGAGACGUCCGCAUGCUUCCCUCGAGCUGGUGAGUCCAGUUCUCCCGAAAGGAAAAACCCCAAACGGCCCCGUGAGCUCUCGCCCCCACCACCUUCGUUCGAAGAGCCCGACUCAAAGCACCAGUCGCACUCCCCGGGUUACCACAACUCGCAGCAGUUCCUCGCAGCGCGAGCUGCCGCAGCUGCUGCGGCCUGCUUCUUUCCAGAAAUGCACCAGCCGACGUCAGUCGUGAACUCCUGUUACGAGGGGCUGGAGAAUUACCACCAGCCUUACCAGGUCUAUGCGAACACCAACGCAGGAUACCAGCCGCCUUUGUCGUUGCAACAGAACCCCUUUAUUACUACAACGAUGGGACACAAUGUCGAGAAUCUGACGAACACAGUGUCUGGACAGACACCUAAAUGA